CCCCGCCGCCCCAGCUCAAUGUGCGCGCUGUGCUCGCUGCCGCCUCGAGCCAUGGCCGCCGCCUUCGACUAUCUGGUGCUGGGGGGCGGCUCGGGCGGGCUGGCGAGCGCGCGGCGCGCGGCCGAGCUCGGGGCCCGCGUGGCUGUGGUGGAGCAUCAGCGCCUGGGGGGCACCUGCGUGAAUGUUGGAUGUGUACCAAAAAAGGUGAUGUGGAACACAGCUGUCCACUUUGAAUUCAUCCAUGAUCAUGCCGAUUAUGGCUUUGAAACCCCUGAUGUGAAGUUUAAUUGGCGAGUGAUUAAAGAAAAGCGUGAUGCUUAUGUGAGUCGCCUAAAUGGGAUCUAUCAAAAUAACUUAAACAAGGCUCACAUAGAAACCAUUCAUGGCCAUGCAGCUUUUACAUCUGAUCCUGAGCCUACGGUAGAAGUCAGUGGUAAAAAAUACACUGCUCCCCACAUCCUGAUAGCUACAGGUGGGCGACCAUCAGUGCCCCAUGACAGUGAAAUCCCUGGUGCCAGCUUGGGAAUCACCAGUGAUGGGUUUUUUGAACUUGAAGAAUUGCCCAGGCGCAGCGUUGUUGUUGGUGCUGGAUACAUUGCUGUGGAGAUAGCCGGAAUCCUUUCCACACUGGGAUCAAAGACAUCCUUACUGAUACGUCAUGACAAGGUGUUAAGGACUUUUGAUUCAAUGAUCAGUGCAAACUGCACUCAGGAACUGGAGAAUGCUGGCAUAGAUUUCUGGAAGCAUUCACUGGUCAAAUCGGUUACAAAAUCUCCUCUUGGAUUGUUGGAGGUUACGGUGAUAUCCUCUGCGCCUGGUCACAAACCCACAGUUAGCACAAUCCCGGAUGUUGACUGUCUGCUGUGGGCCAUUGGACGAGAUCCAAACACUGAGGGUCUUAAUCUAGACAAACUGGGUCUUAAGUUAGAUGCUAAAGGUCACAUUGUAGUUGAUGAGUUCCAGAACACCAGCAGGAAAGGGAUCUACGCUGUCGGGGAUGUAUGUGGAAAAGCACUCCUGACCCCAGUUGCAAUAGCAGCUGGAAGGAAACUGGCACACAGACUGUUUGAAGGCAAGCAGGAUUCCAAACUCGACUACAGCAACAUUCCUACUGUGGUCUUCAGCCAUCCCCCAAUCGGAACGGUGGGACUCACGGAAGAGGAAGCCAUUUCUACAUAUGGAAGAGAGAAUGUGAAGGUCUACACCACCUCUUUUACCCCCAUGUAUCACGCUGUAACUCAAAGGAAAACUAAGUGUGUCAUGAAACUGGUUUGUGCUGGCAAAGAAGAGAAGGUGGUGGGACUACACAUGCAGGGACUAGGAUGCGACGAAAUGCUGCAAGGUUUCGCUGUAGCAGUCAAAAUGGGAGCAACAAAGGCCAGCUUCGAUGAGACGGUUGCCAUUCACCCGACUUCAUCAGAAGAGCUGGUCACGCUCCGUUGAAAGGUUGUGAAUUUCUGGUGCUUGCAAACAGACCUGUAAUAUGGCAGCCAAAAAACUAAUGGAAUCGUGACUUUUCUUCUUGGUGCAAACUCUUCCUUUUCUAUGACACUCCAGAUAAUAAUCAGAUUCUUCUGUUUUUGUAAUCUAUGACUAUAGGUAGAAAAAAUCAUAGAGAUGUCCAAAAAACCAGUGGCGGCAUCUAUUCAUCUCAUCCAAACAGCUUGGUUUCUUCAAGCUUCAUCAGUUUAGAGUGAAAAAUAAAUAAAAUGGAUUAAAAUA